CUGCAUGCUAGUAUACGUCUUGUGGUUAGCCGGCGCUUUUGUUUAGUUAGCUCGAAGCGCUACUCGUUUGUCGCCGCCUUCAAGUUCAUACGGGGCACGUACGUGAACGACGGUUUUCUCGCACUGUACCGCGGCAACUCAGCGACCAUGGUCAGGGUGAUGCCGUUCGCAGCCAUCCAGUACUGCGCCCACGAGCAGUGGCGGCAUGUCCUCGGCGUCGACAAGCAGAAGUAA